AUGGUGGCAAUCCGCAGUGACCGUUUGUUUGAGUCACACAAAGGGGCCAAAGCAGAGCAGCCGCUCAAGAUCUGCAUUAAGGAUGCUGUCCACAACAUGUACGUCUUGAUUCCUUUGUUGGAGAAGAUGGCUUUAGAUCCAUCUCAUCCUCUUCCCUACUUGAAGAUCAAGCUUUUCCGGACCAAGAUGAACUUGAUCCCGCAGAAAGACAAAGUCAAGCUGGACGCAUGGACAUGCAAGUCUCUGCUAAGCUUUGUAAAGAUGAAGACUCGCAAGCAUUUGGGGUCGAAGAACUUGGACUUCUUGAAGAUGCAGCGCAUCCUUGAUCCGAACAUCAAGGCGGGCCUUGACUUAGACAAUGACAACUCUGAUGUUGAAGAAGCCGACCUCAACCUCAACUUGGAUGAACCCAACCGGGUUUUUGAUGAGGAUGACCAUGAGGUCGAGGAAGAAGAUGAUGCCUGGUUCGACCAAAUGAUCGCAAGCAGCCUUUCCACAGAUGUUGUGGAGGAUUCACAGCCGCUUGAGCCACCACCGCUUGGUGUCCAGGCAGCAAUUGCUGAGACCCAGCUUGACCUACCUGACCUAUUCAAUGACUCGCAGGUACCAGAUGCUUUCCCCAAGUCUCCGGCUGCAGAUGUUCGUGGGCGUCCUGUAGCCCGGCCUCUUGCAGUUAUCGACCUGGAGUCCCCAGUUGUGAAGGAGGAAGUCCAUGCAAACCACUGCACCCCUGUGGCAGCAGUGGAAUCAGCAGAAGUCAAGAGCAAAAGGGACUACGUUGCCUUUUUGAGGAAGUCUGUCGAGAAAAGGGUGGCCCAGGAUUUGGCAGAGGCUAAUGCACUCGCAGCAAGUGCAGGUCCGAUGUUGGUUGAUGACACCCUCCCCCUUGGCGGAGACAAUGACUCCACUUUGCCCAUGGAUGUCUCCACGACCAUGACUACUUCAGUUGCAGCCAUGUUGAAGCGGGAUGAUGAUUCCCGGCUGCUGGACGCAAAUAUCGAGGACAAGUCCACAGCAAUGCCACCUAAGGAGAUGCCUGAGGUUUUGACCCGGCGGGUGCAGUUGGGCCUUGCAGCAGAUCACAAAGAAGAAAGCAAGCAGGGCAAGGGAAGGGGCAAAGGAAGGGGCAGAGGAAGGGGCAAGAAAACAAAGACGGAUGCUGUGGAUCAUGAAGAAGUGCCAGCAGCUCCUGCAGCUGAAUCUUCAUCGAAGCGUGGUCCACCAGCCACUCCGGAGCGCCGACGCCUCGACUUUGAUGUGGCUGCAUCGCCUGAUCACCAUGCAUCGGACCUUGCUGAGAAGGGCACUCCGCCUGUUAGGCAGGAGAAGAAGCGUGUCAAGGCAACAGCCAAAGGGAAGGCCGCUGCCAAAAGUGCUAAGGCUGAGCAGCCUGCCAAACAUGAACCAGACACAGGAAAUGAGCCAUCAACCAAGGAAACCAAAAAGCGUGCAAGGAAGGGCAAGAAAGCUGGCACAGAGCCGGCGCCAGAGCCAGCACCUUCCGGACAGCCAAAGCCUGUUGGAGAGGCUGUCCCUCAUGCAGACCCUGCACCUCCUGAGGAUGCUGUUGUGCGAGGAAAGAAGGGCCCUUCGGAACGUGCGAUCAAGGGUGCUUUGAAGCAUUUGGCCGAGGCCAAAGAGGAUCCGGCUUCAUGGCUCCAUGUCAUCAAGCUUUGGGAUGUUAUGGACAACAUGGUGCACACGAAGGAGAACCCGAAUUUACCCAAAAUGCAGUACUGGUCAUACAGCAUGUAUUGGCAAUCCGGCCGCGUGGGGCUUCUCCAAAAGAGGGUCGAGUUUCUGGGCGGGGACAAGCCGGCAAAGGAGCUCAAGGAUGUAGAGGAUGCUACGGUUUCUGCUUACAAAGAAGCAUUGACCGAUUUGGUGAAAGCAAUCUCAAUCGCAGAUACGGCAGGCAAAAGCCUGAAGGACUUUUAG